UCUGUGGUAUUUAUACUGAAUGGAGAGCUGGUUAUGAAGACAGACCAGUGUUUCUGGGUAGCCAUAGGAAGAAACAGACCUUGCAUGCUCUCCAGAAUCACUAACUGCUUGUAGUUUGGGGGGGAAAAUGCAAUGCAACCAGGACCUGGAUUUUUAUCUGAGCUUAAUUCUAUGCAUUAUUGCAGUAUUAUUUUUAAUUAAUCAAAUCACUUUUCCUGCUCCUUAUGGGAAACACGUGGAGAGUGAAAAGAAAAGUGCCCAUAUCAUGGUGCCAGCCAAGUAUGGCUGGUUUAUCCAGGAGUUACCCUCAUUCUUGGUGCCACUGCUGGUUAUACUAUACAGACAGCAAUGCAGCUCCUUGGGCUGCAAGCUGCUCCUUUUCAUGUUCUGUGGACACUAUUUUCACAGGACAUUUAUCUAUUCACUCUUCACAAGAGGAAGACCAUCACCUCUACACAUAGUAAUUAUGGCUGUCAUAUUCUGUUCCUACAAUGGAUUCUUGCAAGGGCACUGUAUGGUUUAUAGUGCUUCCUACUCCCAAGACUGGUACACCGACAUCCGAUUUGCAUCAGGUGUACUCAUAUUCCUUAUUGGAAUGGGAAUCAACAUCCAUAGUGACCAUGUUCUGCGUAAUCUAAGAAAACCUAAAGAACUCACCUACAAGAUUCCAAAAGGUGGAAUGUUCAACUAUGUCUCGGGGGCAAAUUUUCUGGGUGAAAUUGUGGAGUGGUUUGGUUAUGCUAUAGCAUCAUGGACCCUGCCAGCUUUUUCUUUUGCUUUCUUUACUUUGUGUUCCAUUGGUCCAAGAGCUUAUCAUCAUCACAGGUACUACCUCCAGGUUUUUAAAGACUACCCUAAAGACAGAAAAGCUUUAAUUCCUUUCAUUUUUUAACAACAUAAAAACAGGUCAGGGUUUUCUGGUUCUAAAGAUUUUUCUGGUACAAUAUUAAUGGGAGACUUGGCUACCAGUCUUUUUUACAUUGGACUUAAUUGGACAUUGGUUAUCUUACUCCACACUUGAAUUAUACCCAAUGGAUUUUCUGAUUGUAUAUGGCAUAUGUUGACAUCUUCUCCACCUAAAAUAUACCUGUACUUUUCUAUUAAAAAAAAUGUUUUUAUGC